AUGUCUUCUGGCGGAGCAGCGCUACAGCCAACCUUCCAAGGCCAUGUAGCCACCACCCAAGACGCCCUCAUUCUUUUCGAGGCUUGCCUGCAAGGGCACCUCUCGCAUGUACCCAGACGACCCCACGACCGAGAACGAAGCAACCUGAUUAGAAGUGGGUGUGUCUUUAUCUAUGAAGAAAAUGCAUCCGGAAUCAAGAGGUGGACGGACGGGGUUACUUGGAGCCCCAGCAGAAUCCUCGGGAAUUUCCUGGUUUACAGAGAACUCGAUAAACCAUUUCCACCGGGGGAGAAGAAGAGAGCCAUGAAGAAGCAACAGAGACGUCCAAGCCGACCGGGCGAGCCGUAUGCCAGAUCGGAGGGGGGCUCAUUCUCGGAUGGACAAUCUGGCAGUUACAACUCUGAUCGCAGUGCCUCUACUGACGUGGAGAGGCAGCUGAUCGGCUCGCUGGUAGACUCCUACGGGUUCAAGCAGGAUGGAUUGGUCAAAAAGACGAUGAGCGUCACGGUCCAAGGCGUCACACAUCACUUGGUCUCUUACUACCAUGUGAAUGACGUCCUUACCAAUCAGUUGCGAACACCUUCUCAAACGGAGAACCUGCAAUACAUCCGUCCGCGGUCUGAACUCACUUCGAGACAGAGCUUCCGAGCACCCAUCGAGGACGUUGACGAGGUGGACGGGGCCCAUAACUCCUACGCAUACCGCGUGAAUGCAGGCGGCUAUCCCCAGCCCUACUACAUGCCCCCAGGGUAUCCUCCAAUGGCUCAACAGCCCAAUCCACCCCAGUAUUCCAUGGCUGUUCCUUCCAUGUCCACGGGCUACCUACAAUCCCCGGUGACAGCAUCACACAUGCAAGGACAACGAACUGACUACGGCCAGUACGACCAAUCGGGGUACAAUCGAAGCUAUGAGUCCUUGAACAGCUCCAUUCCUCCACCAUCCAAAUCAAUCCCGGCCACGCCGACCACCAUGGCUCCAAUAAUGUCGGACCGUUCUCAGGCGCAAACGGCCAUGUACCCGCCCAUGAAUAUGCAGCGGCCAGUCAACACUUUGAGCCCCGUGUCGAUGGAUUCCCGAGCGGCUGUGCCAUAUCGACCGAGCCCAUAUGGGGUGACUCAUGGAAAUGGUACUCAGAUAGACCAGAGCCGGCAGAGUCAGCCCUCUCCUACACACGUGAAGUACGAGGAUCGCAGGGAAUCGGCACCGCAGCCAGCACCAAUGUACCAAAGUCCACGGACGCCGUACUAUCCCGACACGGCCAGUCAGGCUAUUCCUCAGCCACAGUAUUCUCAAUGGGCACAACAAGCUCAUAAUCCAUAG